AUGGAUAUCGUCACUUCCAACUGUGACACAAUAGAAAAGACACCUUUUAAGUCAUCAUUGCCGGGAAAUCCUACAAUGAGAGAUAUUGCUGCGGCAAUUCAAGUAAUUGAGGAAGGUGGUAUGUAUUUUGAUGAGCCAGAAAAAGAUGAUGACAGUGAUGAUGGAAGAAGUGGGAUUAAGGGAAUUGGAAUUGAAAUCCUUGAAGGAACCACGGUUCUGGGACUAUCAAGAACCAGUGGGCUUGUGCCGUUAGGUGACCUUAAUGCUAAAGCUGGAGAGGGAACCACUAAAACAUUUGCAUUGCUAAGUAAACAUGAUAAUUCUUCGCAAGCUAAUCUGUCAUCGGCUGUCAUUCCUGGUCUUUGGGAUGAUUUACAUUGUGAACAUGUCGCAGUGCCAUUUGCUGCGUGGGCAUUGGCGAACUGGGCAAUGGCUUCUAGUACGAAUAGAUCUCAUAUUCAAGAACUUGAUCGUGAUGGGCAAGUUGUCAUGACUAAUGGCACCAGAGAGGACUGUGAAAUGGCAUGGGAGUUUGGUAGCUCGGUUGCUGUUGGAGGAUCAUAA